AUGUCUCUGCUGACGGCUGUGAUGCUGCUGCUCUGGGGCUUCACGCUGCGCCCAGCAACUGCUGACUUCGACAGUGACGGCGAUCCCAUCCUAUGGGCAGACCCUCAGUCCCUGCUGGAACCCUGGGCAAACCUGACACUGACGUGUGAGGCUGCUCUCCCUACCAAGGCCUUCCAGUUGAUCAUGAAUGGAUGGCGUAUCCAGGAAGUCCAGCUUCCUAAAUAUGUCAGGUCACACCAGUUCCCACUGGGGACAAUUACAAGUGACAACAGUGGCCUCUACCGCUGCCGCUAUGAUAUGGAGCCCCCGCCGACUACUGACCUGACUGAGAUGAAUAAGUGGACCAUGCUAAGCAAUCUUGUAGAGGUGACAGGGACAGAGCCCUUGCCCCGACCCUCGCUUGAGGCUUUUCCAGUGUCCUGGAUGGUACCUUCCCUGGGCACAUACCUGCUGUGUCACGCUGCAUUGCGGGGUGUAACUUUCAUGCUGACGAUGGAAGGAGAUGAUAGUUUCCUGAAGGAGACCAUAGCGGAAAACACGCAACGAGCCUGGUUUACAGUCUUCCAACCCGGCACCUACUUCUGCAGCUACCGAACUCACGCAGAAGGCGCCCCCUCUGAGCCCAGCGCUCCUGUGACCAUCAAGAAUUACACCACACCACCUCCGCCCACUCUGUAUUUUUGGUUAAAUUACCCAACAAUCAAGUCCCCGAGCAGACUGGAGAUGCUUGCCUGCAGAACUCCUCUGAUGGUACAGGGAUUCCAACUCAGGCAGGGUGAGAAGGUGCUCCACGUUCGGGAGUUCAGCCCUUUCCAAGAACUCAUGAUCUACUACCUGAACUGGACGACGCUGGAGGACCAAGGCCCUUUGACCUGCCGCUACUGUCUCAACAGAAGGUUGAAUAUUUGGUCCGAAGACAGUGAGCCCAUUGAGCUGAUGUGGAGUGAUGCAACACUUCCAGCCCCCGUGCUCACUGUAGAGCCAUCGAGUCAGAACGUGGAACCUGGCUCCACCGUGUAUUUUCGAUGUACUGCACCCGAGGCGGGCCUCCGUUUUGGACUACAACGACAGGGUGACAGAGAUAAUCCCCUGAUCCAGAUGCUGAAACCGGCUGGAACUGAAGCUGUCUUUGAGCUGCACAGGGUCUCAACAAUAGACUCUGGCAACUACAGUUGCGUCUACAUAAAGCAGACGCCGCCCUUCUCCGGAUCUGCUCCCAGUGAGACCUUGGAGUUGCUUGUGAAUGGGCCACCACCCAGGCCAAAGCUUGAAGCUCUGUGGACAGGCAAAGUGCCUCUGGGCCAUGAAGCCAAGUUCCGCUGCCAUGGCCAUGUGCCCAUGGUCAGAGUGGAGCUGGUGCGUGAGGGCAAUCGUUUGCCCGAAUGGGUAAGUCUGGCAAUGAGGAGAACAUCAGUUGACCUGAAGCUGCCCUUCGUGGGUCCCCAACACACUGGCAACUAUCGCUGCCGAUAUACCAUCGACUCACCCUUGGAAUUUGAGUCAGGGUUCAGCGACCCUGUGGAGGUUAUAGUAGAAG